CAGGGAUGGACUGACAACUCAUGGAAACUCGUGGCAAUAGGGGAUCAUGGUGGGCCCCUGUGUCCUUGGCCAAACUCAAAAAAGCCUAUGAAACAGGUACCAGAGGCAUCUCAUGGGGCCCCCUACUGACCCCGGGCCCUCAGGCAGUGCCCAAGUUUCCAAGUGGUCAGUCUGCCCCUGCACAACAUGCAAACUCCAGGCAGGUGGUGCCAUGGUUGGGAUUUGAACCAACGACUCUAGCACUGCCAGGCAGAAGUGCUAACCAUUUA